AUGGCACAGCCUCCUUUCCACAGCCCAGUCAAGAAGGACAGCAGUACACACGGGCUUAAUGUUUUCCCAAAGAACACAAAGGCUUCAGAGGAAGGCAACAGCAGUCAUUCCAGUUCUACCACCGCGAGCCUUCUCUUCUGUCUGCUGUUGUUCCUUCUUGUGUUACUGUUCUUAGCCUUGCGCAAGCUGAGCCGUGAUUCGGAAGGGAGGUACAACCCUCGACGUCUGGCAGCGGCCUUGAUCCAUCGAUGGCAGGCACUCAGGGGGGAGCCACCUCCGGAGGAGCUGCCCCAGAGCAGCCAGGAUGAGGAGCAGAGAAUGGAAGAGCUUGAGGAGCUAGAGCAGCAGCAGGACAUGGAGGCAGAGGAGCAACUCCAGCAGGAAGACAACCAGGAGGAGGAGGAAAAUCGGGAAGACCUCAAUGAGAACAUCAACUCUGAGCCACCAGAAGAGGCUGAGAUACAGCACCAUUGCAAGGAAGAGGGUGCAAAGGCAGCAGAGGGCAGUGCCGAGGCUUUACUCAGUGAUCUGCAUUCCUUCUCUGGGACAGCAGCCUGGGAGGACAGUGGCAAGCAUUUCCACAUCACCACCCUUUAG